AUGAAGAAUAUAAGUUAAACAGUCGAUGUAAUUAACCAUUCAAAAAAGGAGGAUAAAGAAAAUUUAAUUUUCUAUUCAUCCAUUAAAGAUAGACUUCCCAAGCCCAAUCCUAUAUUGAUUUAGUAACUUCAUUUAAACAAAGUAAAUUCAAUACUGCCAUUAAAAAAAAACUAUUUAGAAGCAAAUGAACAAGAAGCAACCUACAAAACAGCCAUAUAAUAACAAGAACAGGAAUGUUUAACCUAAAAGCCAAUCACCCUCCAAGCCUUCCUGAAACCUCUCAAACUAAUAUACCAGAAAUAUUAACCACAACAGAACCAAAACCUGUAUGCAACUCUACUGCAUUAACAUGGGAGUACUUUCGAUACCUCCCACUACUACCAAUGCGAGGAUGAGAAUAUUAAAUUUGAUUCCCUAUUUGAAAGUGGCAACCUAUUCCAAGUGUUCAAAAAAAGCGAUCACGAUUACAUCCUGCUCCUUUAAAAUGACAUCAAUACCAAAGGAUAUACGCAAUGGUUUUAUUUCUCAAUCCAAAACAAGAACUCGCUCCUGUGCAACAUCAGACUCAGCAUUAUCAACAUCAAUAAGAACAUGUGUUUUUAUCGUCAAGGCAUGAAAAUCUUGAUAAACGAAUGCAAUUCUUGGAGAAAAGACUCCUUGGGUUUAUCAUUUAAGAAGAAUCACAUCCAAAGGAAUGACUCUUCAUUCUACUACUCCCUCUCCUUCAACUACACAUUUAUCGAAUAAGGAACUGUCUACUUCGCCUCUAAUUACCCCUACACUUAUUCUAACCUAUAAUCCUUCAUAUCCAGUAAAUACUUAAUCUACGACAGGAUAAUGAAGGUGAAAAACAUAAUCACAAGUUAAGCUGGGAAUGACAUUUAAAUAGUUACAAUAACUAACGAUAACCAAGAUCAGAAAUAAGGAUUAUUCUUCAUUGGUCGAUAACAUCCUGGAGAGACAACUAGUUCCUUUGUUAUUGAGGGUAUAAUCAAUGCAUUGUUGUCUGCUGAGGCUGAUGAAUUGAGGAAUAAGUUCGUUAUUAAAAUCAUCCCUAUGUUGAAUGUGGACGGAGUAGUUCAUGGAAAUCAACGAUGCGGUUUGGGAGGAUUUGAUCUGAACAGGAAAUGGGGAUGCAAUAGGGAUGAUACUUUAAACUCUGUCGAAAAGCUAAUAACUAAUUUUAACCAAAACUAUCCCAUCCAAUUGAUUCUCGACAUUCAUGGACACAGCAAGAAACUAUCAGCUUUCUUUUAUGGACACAGUUGUAACGAAUUCAUCACUGAGCUUUGUAACUCAGACAAAAGAUUCAGUCUCGAGAAUAGUCGGUUCAUGAAGAACACUAAAUACUUGAAUCACACAGCCAGAGUCUAUCUAUAAAAACUAUUGAACAUGUAGCAGAAUAUCUAUACACUUGAGAUCUCGUACUUCGGAUACAAGGAUUAGAAUUAAAUUGUGGAUUUCACUCUAAAUGACCUCAGAUCGAUGGGGAGAGAGAUUAUCAUCACUCUGUCAAAAAAUCACGAAGAAUAGAAGUGGACGGAGAGCAGCAUAGUAAAUGAAUAGAAUUCUGAUGUCAGUUUCUCAGAUUCCUCAAUCUCAGAAGAUGAAAUAGGUUAGGAUGAAAUUAAGUAGGUUUAACAGCCACUCAAAGAAAAGGCUAUUAAUUUAGAGAGGCCUUACCCCAGAUCAAAUUCAUUUAAAUAAAGACAACUCAAAUCAUCCUAAUCCAGAAACAGAGCAAAGUCUCAAUCCAUUUAAAACUAAAUCAAAUACUAGUAGUUCACAUACAAUUUUAUUGAUAAUUCAUUCAACAACUUUAAUGUUAAGAAUGACAAUAAUGAUCAUUCAAACUUGUUCGUUCCUCAACAAAAACCGAAGCAAUCUGAAUAUACAGUUUAACCUCUGGUUGUGAUGCCUCAACAUAGUUUAAAGCACUAAUUCUUAUGGCAGAAUAGGAUUAGGUAAUAAAAUUAAAAAGAGUUGAAAUUUUAAAAUCCAAGAGAACAAAGAGACUUGAAAAUAUACCAAGAAUUCAAAGAUUACGUUAAUAGUAAAUAAAAUCCAAACAAACCCUUACUUCCUAAAUAUACUUUCAAUGAUACAGAUUUAUUCAAAAAGUGUCAAGCGAAAAAAUAAUAUUUAAUUAUUAAUUUAUGA